AUGCCGAACAACUCAGACACGAUCCAAUCGCUCGGAAAGGUGCUUGUCAUUGGCGGCUGCGGCUUUCUCGGAAGCCACAUCGUCAGCUUCAUUGUCAACCGUCACCCCCAGACACAAGUCGCAGUUCUCGAUCUACGAACCAACUCGAAUCGCAACUCCAGCCCGAACGUAUCCUACCACGAUGGCGACAUCACAGACGCUGCCGCCAUGAAGGCGCUGUUCUCUGAGGUGAAGCCCAAUGCGGUCAUCCACACAGCAUCUCCGCACUUCGACCUGAAGCCUGAGAUUCACGAGAAGGUCAAUGUUGGCGGAACCAAGGUCCUGCUGAAAGCUGCGCAAGAAGCUGGAGUCAAGGCAUUUGUGUAUACAAGCUCAGCGAGUGUUAUCCUCGACCAUCAGACUGAGCUCAUCAACGCGGACGAGAGAUGGCCACUUGUUACUGGCGAUGCCCAGCCUGAGUACUAUACAACCACAAAGGCAUACGCAGAGACAGCCGUCCUCCAAGCCAACCGCAGCCCUGAAAACGACCCUAGCUUCCUGACCUGCGCCAUCCGCCCUGCCGGUAUCUUCGGCGAAGGCGAUGUACAACUGCUCCCUAAGAUAGUCAACGCGUACAAGACAGGAAAGACUAAGUUCCAAGUUGGUGAGAACAACAACAUGUUCGACUUCACGUACGUUGAGAACGUCGCAUACGGACAUGUCCUCGCUACUAUCGCACUGCUCCAUACCCACAGACGCCUGCCCAGCAUUCCCCUAGACACCGAGCGCGUCGACGGCGAAGCAUUCUUCAUCACGAACGGCCAGCCCGUAUACUUCUGGGAUUUUGCGCGUUCGGUAUGGCACGAAGCAGGUGAUCAGACACCGUUGAGCAGCGUGUGGCAUCUCAGCGCCGACUUCGCAUGGACUGUUGGUGCGAUCCUGGAGAACAUCUUCUGGCUCCUGGGGAAGAAGCCUAGUUUGACCAGGGCUCAAGUCAAAUACAGCAGCAUGUCGAAAUACCACAGCAUCAACAAGGCGAGGCAGCGGUUAGGGUAUGAGCCACUUGUCACCCUCGAUGAAGGCAUCAAGAGGGGCGUACAGUAUAUUCUGGAGCAGGACAAGAAGGCUGGCGAGAAGAAGGGCCAGUAG